CUAGUUUCUUACUGCUGUACAGUAGCUACUUAUGGUACACAUCUGAGCUAUAGCUACACUGAUGUUAUGCUACUACCUAGUCUAGACAAGCUAAGUAACGCUGUUAGCCAGGAAGUCUGAAUGAUAGAGGGUGAGCUAGCUAUCUACAGUAGACAACAAUGUCUGAUACAACUACACCAGUGCAGUGUAGUUAGUCAGCCGCUACGUUGGCUCUCUGUUUAAUAGUCAAGAUGAAGUAUAUCGUUAUAUUAUGUAUUGCCUCGCUGGCUCCAUUUUGGGUCAAUUGUGCAGUACAUAAAACCUCAGACAAACCGAAAACUCCUGAGAACGAGGCUCUCAGUUUCAUGCUCUCUGACUUCGAGGUGCUUCCUGUGUCUGGCCUCCAGCAGCACUCUGUUAGGAAGAGGGAUGUCCACACCAGGUCCCAGGUGGAACGCCUGGUCAGCUUCAAGGCACUCCAGAGAAAUUUCCAGCUUUACUUGACCACCAACACAGACCUGUUCACAGAGGACUUCAAAGCAGUUUUUGUAGACAAGCAAGGAAAGGAAAAACCUUAUAAUGUCCAGCUGCAAAACUAUUUCUCUGGACAUGUUGUUGGAGAGGAGCACUCGCGUGUGCAAGCCCACAUAGAUGGGGAUGAGUUCUCAGCCCACAUUCUGACUGAUGAGGCAGAGUACAACUUAGAGCCCCUGUGGAGGUUCACCAAGGCAAGUCCUGACGGCAGGUUGCUGGUGUACCGUUCAGAGGACAUUAAGAACCUGAGCCGCCUUGCCUCUCCAAAGGUGUGUGGUUACGUCCAUGGUGCAGCCCAGGACCUCCUUCCAGAGGGGCCCCGGAUGGCUGCAGAUGCCGAGGAGGAUGAACCCCAUCUGAGAGAGAAGAGGCAGGUCCACAACCACAAGAAGAACACCUGUCCUCUCCUUCUGGUAGCAGACUACCGCUUCUUCAAGCACAUGGGCCGUGGAGAGGAGAGCACCACCCUCAACUACCUGAUUGAGCUGAUUGAUCGUGUGGAUGACAUCUACAGGAACACUACUUGGGAUAACGAGUUUAAAGACUAUGGCGUGCAGAUCCAACAGAUCGUCAUCAACAAGGAGCCGACAAAACCACCAGCAGGCAUGGAGGCCACAAACUGGGUCCACUACAACAUGAAAGACAGCCCUACGAAGGGCAAGGAGGUGUGGGACGUCAAGAAACUCCUGGAGCAAUUCAGCUUAGACAUGGCAGACAAUGCGUCAAAGGUGUGCCUGGCUCAUCUGUUCACCUACCAGGACUUUGACGAGGGGACCCUGGGCCUGGCCUAUGUGGCCCCCUCUAAAGCCAUGGCCCUGGGGGGGCUCUGCCCAAAACCCUACUAUCCAUCUGCCUCCAGCAAGAAGCCCAGUUACCUCAACACUGGUUUGACCAGCACUAAGAACUAUGGAAAGACCAUUCUGACCAAAGAGGCAGACUUGGUGACCACCCAUGAGCUGGGACACAACUUUGGGGCAGAGCAUGACCCUGACAACAUUCCCCACUGCGCCCCAAGCGACGACGACGGGGGCAAAUUUGUCAUGUACCCUAUCGCUGUUAGCGGGGACCACUACAACAACAAGCGGUUCUCAAACUGCAGCAAGACCUCCAUAGGGAAGUCUCUCCGCUUCAAGGCUCCAGUGUGCUUCAGGGAAAGGAACAGCAAGGUGUGCGGGAACUCCCGUGUGGAGGAGGGGGAGGACUGUGACCCCGGCCUGCUCCACCUCAACGACGACCUGUGCUGCUCUGCUGAGUGCAAGUUCAGACGGGACGCUCAGUGCAGUGACAGGAACAGCCCGUGCUGUAAGAGCUGCCAGUUUGAGCAGGCCGGUAAGGUCUGCCAGGAGCCCAUCACUGCCACCUGUAAAGGUCUGUCGCUCUGCACAGGUAACAGCAGCGAGUGCCCGCCCCCCGACGACCUCUCUGACAACACCGUCUGUGUGGACAGUGGCAGAUGUCGGGAGGGGGAGUGUAUCCCCUUCUGCGAGGCCAUGCAGAGCCUGCAGUCCUGUGCCUGCAAUGAGACCAGGGAGUCUUGUAAAGUGUGCUGCCGGGACAAAAUCGGAGCCUGUGUUCCAUUUGUCCAGACCACCAGUGAGUUCCUGUUCUUGCGGAAGGGGAAGCCCUGCACUGAGGGCUUCUGUGACGGGGCGGGUAAAUGCAUGAAGCAAGUCCAGGAUGUGAUCGAGAGGUUGUGGGAUUUCAUCGACAAGCUGGACAUCAAUACAUUUGGGAAGUUCCUGGCUGAUAACAUUGUGGGCUCUGUGGUGGUCUUCUCCCUGGUCUUCUGGAUCCCUCUCAGUAUCCUAGUUCACUGUGUGGACAAGAACCUUGACAAGGAGUAUGAGGAGAACACCAAGACCUUUUUUUUCCCAAGUCAGAUGGUGGAAGUAUGUAGUAGAGCUCCGCCCUCAGAAUGCCGAGCUCUUGAACAACCCAGAGUCGGCGCCCGUGCGCAUCGUCAAGCCUCUUCAGCCUCCCUCCUUCUCCGCCGCCCGGAUCACGCCCUCCUCCCUGCUGCAUCAGCAGCCCCUGAGCGGGGCCCUUCCUCAGGCCAGCAGCAGUACCCCGGUCCCAGGCCUCAGCUGCGGCCCUGCCCCAGCCAGCGCAGGGGCCCUGAAGGUGGAGGCCCUGGCCACCAUCCAGGAGGACCUCAGCAUCGACUCUCACCUGGGAGAGGAGGUGCUGGAGGAAGACUUCCUGUCCGCAGCGCCAGCAGCUGCAGCCGGAUCCUCCUGCGGCACCAAGGCUUCCUACGAGGACCUGACAGAGAACACACCAGCCAGGGACCAGCGGCGGCUCAAGAGACAGGCCUGCGUGGACAGUAAGGAGACAGAAUGCUGAGGUACACACACACACACAGGAUGAACUUUGGGGAACAUGCAUACCAGUGCUCGUAUAUUUCCAUAUUAUGAAUUCUAAAUAGAUGGAUAGUAGAUGGCAUACUCAUACAUUAUCAUAAUGCACACCCACAGGCACUCAGAGGGUGAUACAGGAGUAGUGGAUACACAUAAACCCAGGGGUCAAACAGGAUACCACAGAUGGCAUUAAGAUCCAUUUAGUUGUUCUUGUAGGUCAUUAGGAAAAUCUGAAAUAUGUGACAAUGAUCUAGUGUGGAUACAAACAAUUGUGUGAUGUUUAGAUGAAUAGUUGCAUUUCUCGGAUCUGUGACACACUAAAGAAAUCUUUGGACUGAAUGUAGCAAACAACUGAAAUUGCUGCACUUGUAUUGGUAUUUUCACUGGAAGUUGUAUGGUCCUGUUUUUGUUUUGAAAUCAUGUCUUUGUUGUGGGUCCUUAUGCUGGUCACUCCUGUUUGAUGUGGCCCUGUGAACUGUCAUCUGCAUCCCAAAGUUUUGGACGACUCAAGAUUUAGUAAGCUGAGAAAUCCACACAACUAUCACUAUUUUAUAUAUUCUUGUCAAGUCAUGUUUAUCAUGCACUUUCCAGCAUAGGGUUUACCCAUAUGAAAAUCCUCAUAACUAAGUAGUGCCUUUCUGAAGUUGAGCCUGUAAAUGUUGCAACCAUGCGUCCCUAUGUCUGUAACUGUACUGUAAGCAGUAGAAAAACACUCACAAUCCACACAGCUGAAUAUUCAAAUGGCAAUACUGCACCCAUCUAGCUGGAGUGAUUUCCCAAAAAUUCUGUCCAUAGUUCUAAAUGUAAUUUCCAAUGUACGUAGGCUUGAGGAUAACUUUUGUUUUGAAAGCAUUUGUGCCAACAUACAGUUUGCCAUUGGCUUGAGCUACUCCUUGGUGUCUUUCAUUUUAUUUUGCUAAAUGUUCUAUAUUAGAUGUACAUUUAAUUUGAGUGAAAUAUUCUUCACAGUGGCCAGUUAUCUGGCUUCUUGCCUUGUUUUUAUGUACAGUAAGUACUUAAUAAUCUGGAUCAAUAAAUGCCUUGAUGUUAAUGUG